AUGGCAGGCCUUGAUGUCCCUCCUAUGCACAACCCUUUCAUGGAUGCAAAGCUCAGCACUCGCCAGCCCACGCAGGACGUCAGCAAGUGGUUGCAGAACAAGGUCGAUGCCUUCGUGUCCAAGAACCUGCUGGAACCUCCAGAGGACACCGUCAGCUUUCAGCCGGCGGAGAAGCCGGCCAAGGGCAAGGGGAAGAGGCAGAAGAGAGCCGCUCCAGGAGAUUAG